AUGUUUCCUCUGAGGUUGAUGGUCAUCCUGGGCUUUCUCUACUGCUGCAUCAGGACGGGUGUCGUGCAAUCUCACACUAAAGCUCUGUUCCCAGCGGCCAGCCGAACAAAAAGAGGGGCUACAGACGUGGUGAACCCCACUUUCUGCAACUCCACCGAGGAUGUCCAUCUAUUAUUUGAGAUCCUACUGACUGGCAUUCACUUCCAGGCCAGCGGGGAGUUUUCAGUGAGAGACGCUGAGCUGGCUUCCCUCCGCAAGACACAAAACCUGUGUGUCAUCUGUGAGGAGAUCAUCCCCAGGAGGCUAACGGACGUUUUUAGGCUUGUCUCCGGCCUUUCGGAUCACACUGGUCACCUGCACCAGGAUGAUUUCGAGCGCACUUUGCUGACCUUGGUGUACAUCACCCAGCAGAUGGUCGAUUCCACCGCUGAACAGCAGCGAGACGUCUGGGCAGAGUCUUUCGUCAGCUUGUACAAAGCCAUCAAGCAGGAUCUGACAGGGACACAGUGA